GGAAGUGCGAAAGUCCUGAACGUUAAAUGUCAAAACAGCUAUUAAAGGUGUUAAAUUUACACAAGAACACAGCGAGUUUAUAUUAGCAGAAGGACAAUUAAAAACUCAUCUUUAAAACAUCAUCCUGGUCUACUGACAAUCAGAGAUGAGCCAGUGGCUUGCACUCCAACAGCUAGAUGCAAAGUUUUUGGAACAGGUGGACCAGCUGUACGAUGACACCUUUCCUAUGGCUAUUCGGCAGUACCUCAGCAACUGGAUUGAGAGCCAUGACUGGGACCACGUUGCUAAUGUGGAAAACGAGUCUUUGGCGACAGUGCGUUUUCAUGACCUUUUGACCCAGCUGGAUCACCAGCACAGCCGCUUCGCAAUGGAGAAAGACUUUCUGAACCAGCACAACAUCCGCAAGAUCAAGCGCAACCUGCAGCACCUUUUUGGGGACAGCCCUGUCUCGAUGGCCAUGAUAAUCAGCAAGAAUCUAAGCGAGGAGCGGAAGAUAUUGUCCGCUGCACAGAUCUCAGAGAAUUCAGCACAGACUGCCCAGAGUGACGUAAUGAUCGAGAAACAGAGAGAGCUGGACAGUAAGGUGAAGGACAUCAAGACCAAAGUGCAGGAAACAGAGCAGAACAUCAAAAACCUGGAGGACUUGCAGGAUGAGCAUGACUUUAAGAGCAAGACACUGCAAAGUCGAGAGGAGCUGAAUGGCACAAUAUCGAAGGAGGAUCUCAGUCGGGAACAACUCUACCUUAAAGCCAUGUUCAUGAAACUCCAUGAAAUGAGACGGGAGGUUGUGAGUAAGAUGUCAGAGGUGCUAAAUCUGGUGGAGCAGCUGGAAUAUGAGCUGAUUUCGGUGGAGCUGUCUGAAUGGAGGCGGCGCCAGCAGAUGUCUUGCAUUGGAGGGCUUACAAACGUCUGCCUGGACCAGCUGCAGAACUGGUUCACAGCGGCAGGUGAGUGUCUGCUGCAGGUGCAUCAGCAGUUGAAGAAGCUAUUGGAGCUGGAGCAAAAGUAUACAUACACCCAGGACCCCAUUGCCCAAAGCAGAGCCACACUGGAGGAGCGGGCACUCACCCUGCUCAAAGCACUCAUCACCAACUCUAUGGUGGUGGAAAGACAACCAUGCAUGCCCACGCAGCUCCAGAGGCCCCUGGUGCUCAAGACUGGAGUACUGUUUACUCUUAAAGUCAGAUUGCUGGUUAAACUUCAGGAGUUUAACCACUUGGUCAGAGUGAAGGUGCAGUUUGACAAAGAUGUGACAGAGAAAAGAAAGGGUUUUCGGAAGUUCAACAUCCUGGGGACCAACAUGAAGGUGAUGAACAUGGAGGAGUCCAUCGGAAUGGCUGCAGAAUUCCGACAUCUGCAACUAAAAGAGCAGAAGGUUGCUGGAAACAGAACGAAUGAGGGCCCGCUGAUCGUCACUGAGGAGCUCCAUUCUUUUACAUUUGAAGCAGAGCUCUGCUGGUCUGGACUAGUCAUUAACUUUGAGACAUCGUCUCUGCCCAUUGUGGUGAUCUCUAAUGUCAGUCAGCUGCCAUGUGGUUGGGCCUCUAUUACGUGGUACAACAUGCUGACAUCUGACCCUAAGAAUCUGUCCUUUUUUGUGAAUCCACCAUCUGUGAGUUGGGCGCAGCUGUCUGAAGUGCUGAGCUGGCAGUUUUCCUCCAUCACUAAGAGAGGACUCAAUGCAGAGCAGCUAAGCAUGCUGGGACAGAAACUCCUAGGUUCAAAAGCAGCGAAAGACCCAGAGGCUCAGGUUCCCUGGAAUAAGUUCUGCAAGGGAGGCAGUGAGAAGAACUUUACAUUCUGGCUGUGGAUUGAAGGAAUCCUGGACCUGAUUAAGAGGCACCUACUUAGCCUUUGGGAUGAUGGGUGUAUAAUGGGCUUUGUGACUAAGGAACGCACCAAGGUUUUGCUAAAUAAUAAAGCUCCUGGAACGUUCCUGCUGCGCUUCAGUGAGAGUAACCGAGACGGAGCCAUCACCUUCAGCUGGGUGGAACACACCCUAAACGAUGAGCCUCAGGUACGUUCGGUUGAGCCCUACACUAAAAAAGAGCUCUCUGCCGUCUCUCUGGCCGACAUCCUGCGGAACUACAGGGUGAUGGCGGCCGACAAUGUUCCUGAAGACCCGCUGCGCUUCCUGUUUCCUUCCACCCCUAAAGAUGAGGCUUUUCGCAAGUACUACUCCAAACCUACUGAGAAGCAUGAACCAAUGGACGUGGAUGAAAAACCUGAUGAUGAGGGUUACAUCAAAACCACUCUAAUCUCAGUCUCCGAAUUGAAAACAUCCGAGUACAACCACAACAUCAUGCCACUGAGUCCAGAAGUGUACGGCGAAUUGGAGCGCAUGACUCGAGAUAUAACUGGAAACUUUGGAGAGCUGUGCUAUGACAUGUCUAAUAACUGAUGAAGACCGAGGAUGUUCAUUGCUUGAGGUCCAGCUCCUCGACUUUACCCCUAAAAUAGAUCUGCAUGAACUGCAUGAACUGCAUUGUUCACUUCAGAACCAACAGUUCUGAAGUGAACAAUUCGAAAAUGUUUAGAAAUUAUAAGCACCUUAAAUACUACGAGCACUUACCCAAAGCACCUUUACAGCGCUAGGCAGACGCUCUUAUUCAUGCACUUACACUGCAAACAACAUGCAAUCAAAUCAAUUGAGGUUUAAGACCUGUGCUCAGUGGUCCAACAUUUGCAACUUGGCAGUGGUUGGGCUUGAACCAGCAGCUUUUUAACUACCGCUGUGCUACAACUACCCUAAAAAGCACUUAAUUAAUGCUUGAGCACUUUCUUGUUUACUAUCUAUUUAAGGUAUUUCCAUGAAACAUAGAGCCAAAUUUAAUUUGAAUAAAUAUAACAUCAAGGAUUUACCUUUUCAAUAGAAAACGACAUACAUUUGAAGGCUUGAUCAUAUGAAUUGAACUGAAAAUUUUGGCCAUGUCCCAAAUACAGGACUGAUCCUGUACAGGGGCAAGUGUCUGAUCUCCAGCUGUUGUGUCUUUCUGCCGUAAGCCGUCAAGCUUAGUUCUGUUACAGUAAACCCUGUCGGUCCUAAAGCAGUUAAGCACAAUAAAACAACUCAUUAACAAAGUUGCUUACAAACGUCUACUGACAUACACCGAUUAGGCAUAACAUUAUGACCACUAUGAUUGUGUGAAAAUGUAAAUGUGUUGGUCCCCCUUUUGCUGCCCUACAAGCAACAGACUGUGAGGCGCUGUGUAUUCUGACACUUUUCUAUCAGAACCAGCAUUAACCUCUUCAGCAAUCUGCUCCUUGCUCCAGCCUUCGCUCCCCACGUGCAUCAGUGAGCCUUGGCCGCCCAUGACUUUGAUAGAUACUGACCACUUCAGACCGGGAACACCCCACAAGAGCUUCAGUUUUGGAGAUGCUCUGACCCAGUCGUCUAGCCAUCACAAUUUGGCCCUUGAUAACCUCACUCAAAUCCUUACGCUCACCCAUUUAUCCUGCUUUUAACACACAACUUUGAGGAUAAAAUGUUCCUAAUAAAAUGCUGUCUAAUAUAUCCCACCUACUAACACGUGCCAUGAUGAAGAGAUAAUCAGUGUUAUUCACGUCACCUGUCAGUAUUCAUAAUGUUAUGCCUCGUUGGUGUAAACGUAAAUUUUGUGAAUAAUAUUAAUACUCACAAAACCAAAUGUUUAAAAUACGUAUGUCAGCUUUUAACUUGUUGAUAAUCCUGUAUUGUGAGGAAAGUAGUUUUAUGUUUCCUAAAAAGUGCAUAUACAGGCAUAUGCGUAUGCAAAUAGAAACAUAAAUCAUCCAUUAAAGAACGUACCAAACACCCACAAGUGAUUACAUAAUGGUCCAGCUCUUACACUGGUUCACCUUUGUAGCAAAUGCUUAAAAAAUAUUAAAAAGCAGUUCAGAUGUCUUUAUCACAACACCAUCAACUAUACUGGUGUUUUAUGUACGUAUAAGCCUUGUUCUUCACCUGUGCCUCAGCUGUUUUCUUUUUUUAUGCAUGGUGAGUCCUAAUCUUACUGUAGCCUUUUAUCACUGGACAGUUAGUGGUCACAACAGUACCCGUUUUUGUGCAUGCUUAUUAAAAUAAGCAAUCUACUGUAUAUCUAUAAAUAUAGCAUCAGAAGAAGAACAGGCCAAAUGCCUACAAUAAUGCCACACAGCACCAAAGCCAUUGAGACAUGGGUUUAAACUUUGCCUUUGGUUAUUUUUUUAAGAGGGGUUAGAUGUUCUACCCUUGUCUGUGCACCAAGCCAUUGAGAUAUGGGUUUAAACUUUGCCCUGGAAGUUCUCCCCUUGUCUGUGUGGAUUAAUCUUGGUUCCUCCCACCUUCCCAAAACAACAGUCGUACAUUAGAAUUAAGGAAAAAGAGAAAAAAUUGUGUAAAUAAGUUCCUUUUUGUGUCCAAUGGGUUUUACAAUGUGAAUGUAUUUCCGUAUAAUAUAACAUGAAAUAUUUAAUCAUGAUUAAACAUAUCCAUCCGAACAGCAAAUCUAGAUGUUCAGCAUAUUCUGGUUUUUAGAAUCUCUUGACACGGUAUAACAACUGUAGAGAAUAAAGUUUCAUUGUAUUUCAUCCUUCAA